AUGCAGUUCAAGAACCUCAUCCUCACUCCUCUCGUCGCCGCCGGCAUCGCCUCCGCCGCUCCCAACCCUGAGGUCAAGGUCUUCGAGCUUGUUGCUCUCCGAUCCACCAGUCCCAUUCACCACACUAGGCUCCAGGCUUCCAACAACGGCUUUGCCCUGAAGCUCAAGGACCAGGGCGCCUCUUGCGACAGCGCUGACAAGAUCAACUCUGCCACCUUCACCCUCAACACCAAGACUAAGGAGAUGCUGCUUUACGCUACCUCAUUCCCGCGCCAAAGCGCUUUUACAGAUCGGAGCGGAAUGGGCCAGGGCACUAUGGGAUACCGUACCGGCGCUCAGCCUCUCUGCACCCGCUGCGAGGACAACAAGUGGUCCAUCUCUGAGGACAACUUCCUCAAGUACGAUGACAUUGACAACUUCAUCGCCUGCCCUCAGACCGACGGCUCUUACACUGUCUUCACCAGCGCUGGUGUCCCCAACCCCGGUGGUAACAAGGACUGUGUCUCUGUCACCUUUGCCGUCAGCGAGGUCACCAAGCCCGUCGGCUGCCUCUACUCCCAGCAGGGCCAGUAA